CUUAAUUCCUCAAAAAAUUUUUCAAGGAUGGCAGCACUGCGCGUUCUUUACCUUUUUCGCGCUUAUUUGUAUAAAUUUAUUCUACAAAUUACAUCUGGCAAAAGUUAAAUCCUAAAUUCACACGUUUAACGCCGGUUGUGAAUUUAACUUUAUUAAUUCCAUCAAAUUAGUGCAAAAUUCCAAAAUGACGAACACAAAUUCAACAACCAAUCAACAAAGAAAUGUAGAAAAUGCAGGCAAAGCUAAGAAUCCAUUAGAGGCUGUGCCCAAUGCCUUCGAAUUCACUGCAAAGAAUGGAGCAGAAUACAAACUUUAUUGUCGCUCAAAAGGAGAUAUGGAUGCAAAGACAUUGAAAUGGGCAUUUAAAUUGGCGGAGCGUAAUGUGAGUCCUUUUUAUAAAGCUUUACAACUGGGUUGGCAACCGAAGGUGAAGCAAAAUGAUUUGAAUAAGAAAUGGGCACGUUAUUUAGUCGCGACGGAUAAAAGUGGACAACCCGUUGCUUAUACCAUGUUUCGUUUUGAUAUGGACUACGGACACAGUGUGCUAUACUGCUACGAAAUGCAGAUUGAACCAGAAUCUCAACGCCAAGGGCUUGGUAAGUUCAUGAUGAAUUUACUGGAUCAAUGCGCCAAACAUUGGCAGAUGGAUAAAGUUGUGCUCACAGUGUUAAAAAAUAAUACUAAUGCCAUAGCUUUCUUCAAAACAAUCGGCUACAGUUUGGAUGAGACGUCGCCAGACAUAUUAGAGAAGGCGGAAUAUGAGAUAUUAAGCAAAGUUUUACUAUAAGUUUACCUAAGUACCUACUAUGACAAAAUAAUAUACUUAUUUGUUAAGUUUUUCGCGACAUUUA